ACCAGAGGGACAGAUCCCAGGUGAAAAAACACUUUGACUCCAUUCAAAGAGAGAGAGACUGUGUGUGGUUUUGAGAGUCAGCGAGUGUUUAAAAAAUGACCAAAAGAUCUGCCUCUAGUCAAAAAGAUGGAAAAGUUGCAGCAAGUGGACAGAAAGUUUCCCAAAAUGAGAGCCAGUCAGAUCCCGGCGGGAAACUGGAGGACGAGGAAGACAGGAGGGUGGGACUGGGGAAGAAGGUGACCCUGCUCCGAGGGAUCUCCAUCAUCAUCGGCACCAUCAUCGGAGCCGGGAUCUUCAUCUCUCCAAAGGGCAUCCUGAAGCACUCAGGCAGUAUAGGAAUGUCCCUCAUCGUGUGGAUCGCCUGCGGUGUGCUGUCACUCUUCGGAGCCCUGUGCUACGCUGAAUUGGGGACUUGUAUUAAGAAGUCUGGUGGACACUACACAUAUAUACUGGAAGCCUUUGGACCUCAGAUGGCGUUCAUAAGGCUAUGGGCUGAUCUAAUUGCUAUAAGGCCUGCAUCGAUGGCAGUCAUCUCUCUGGCCUUUGGUCAGUACAUCCUGGAGCCUCUGUUCAUGCCCUGUGCUAUCCCCCCUAUGGCUGUCAAACUGGCCACCGCCAUCGGCAUAACUUCUGUUAUGUACCUGAACAGUAUGAGCGUGACAUGGACAGCGAGGAUUCAAAUGAUCCUCACCUUUAGCAAGCUGCUGGCCAUCAGUAUCAUCAUAGUGCCUGGAGUGUACCAGCUCUUUAAGGGAGAGACCAAGAACUUUGAGAAUGCCUUUGAGCUGAGCAAUGUGAAGCUGUCUGGUAUGCCACUAGCCUUCUACUCUGGGAUGUAUGCAUACGCAGGGUGGUUCUAUUUGAACUUUGUGACUGAGGAGGUAGAUAACCCUGAGCGGACUGUGCCAUUAGCUAUCUGUAUCUCCAUGGCAAUUGUUACUUGCUGCUAUGUGCUGACCAAUGUGGCAUACUACACUGUGAUGUCAGCAGAGGAGCUCCUGGCCUCAGAGGCAGUCGCUGUGACUUUUGCAGAGAAGCUGCUGGGGAACUUCUCGAUAGCGGUGCCGUUUUUUGUGGCCUUGUCCUGCUAUGGAUCCAUGAAUGGCUGCCUGUUCGCCUUAUCAAGAAUGUUCUUCGUAGCAUCACGAGAAGGACAGCUCCCUGAGGUGUUGUCUAUGAUCCACGUCCGCAGGCACACUCCACUGGCUGCUGUCCUCAUACUGUACCCUAUGACCAUGCUCCAGGUGUUUGUGGGAGACAUCUACAGUCUGUUGAACUUCAUGAGCUUCCUGCGAUGGCUGUUCAUCGGUGUGGUGGUGUUGGGGUUAAUCUACCUCAGAUAUACAAAACCUGACCUACCCCGCCCCUUUAAGGUCCCGCUCUUCAUCCCAGUGGUGUUCUGCCUCACAUGUUUCUUCAUGGUCUUUCUGUCUCUGUACUCGGACCCGGUCAACACAGGGAUUGGAUUUGCCAUUUCCCUCACUGGCAUCCCUGCCUACUAUAUCUUCAUUUACUUCAACCAAAGACCAAAGUGGCUUCAGAGGGCUUUAGAUUCCUUCAACAGAACCUUGCAGAUCAUCCUGUUUGUCGUCCCUGCUGAGCAAUAACAGUUCAGAUCAUCACCUCCUCGGUCCCCUUCCAAUCACACAAACAUGUUUUUACUGAGCUGAUCUCUAUCUCAGAGAAAAACUGCUGUUGUGCUCUCCAAAACUAAUUUAGUACAAAGAGUUACAAAGUUAUGAAUGUGUCUGCUGAAUGUGAGUUAUGUGUUAAUGAAGGAUAAAGAUAUACAGUAUGUUGAUAUUUCCUUUGUAUCUGCAUGCCAUUGUGUUUGUGAGUGUUGUGAUUGUUUAUGUUACGGUAAAUGCCAUCUGAUUCCUGCACAUUUUAAAAAAAAUUGU